CUAAUCUUCGAGGAAACGAUUGACGCCGCCACCAUUAACCGCCCAGAACAGAUCCUCCUCCAUCUCGAUCCAAAAUCCUACACUCUGCAAUCUGCAUCAACACUACCGACCGCGUCAACAAAUUAUCAACCGACAACCAUUGUUUCACCAUUAACCACUCCUCUCAAAAAUCAGCCGAAGCCGACGGUGAGUUACCCAUGGAUCUUGUGCUCCUGGAGAAAGGAAGAGCAUCAUCUUCAUCGAUUCCACCGGAAAAGUCGUCGAUCAAGAAUUCGCGAACUUAAAUACAAAAUCCGCGCUCUACAACAACAAAAGUCGCGUUUUUUUACGUUCUCCUUGAAAUCCGCGUUUUGCCGCUCUAGAGCGGGAUCUUGCGAAUUAUGUGACCUAAAGCAAAACUUCAAAUUAUGAAGAAUUUAAAAGUAAAGAGAAAUUAUGCACAUGAAUUUGAGUCAUGUAGAAUCGAACUAGAUUAAUGAUCGGGACAGUAGAACCGUUAAAUCAGUUACGAUAGCGGUUCGGUUCAUUACUUGGACGGUUAUUAAUUAGCCAAACGAUUUUUUACGGUUCAACAUAAAACAGAUGAACCAACACAGUUUAACUGGUCCACUAGUUCACUAUUUUAACCAAAAAAUUUACAAAACGCUUUAAAAUAUACUAAGAUCAUCAAAUCAUAAUCAUUAAGUUUAUAUAUGCUUACUCUUCUCAUUCCAACCUUGUUGUCGACUUUAUGUUGUCUACUACCAACUAAAACCGUAAUUUUUAAUUUGAACUAAAAAAUAUGGUUUCUUUUGUGAGAUAGUUGCAAUGAUUUAUUAGAUAUUUUUGUGAUGAUAUGAAUUAUAAUUGUUUAUGGUCAAAUGUCAAUGAUAGCUUCAUUCUUUAAUUAGUGUAAUAUACAAAUCUUAUAUGUAAUAUAUCAUGAACGGUUCUAUCAACGGUUCACCAACGGUUUUGUAAAGAUUAAGAGAAACUUGAUAUUAUUUUUAUAAAAAUGAUUGAGAGAAACUUGAUAUUACUUUCUUAUUACGUGUGCAAUUGAGACUUCUUUAACUUUGGUUACAAAAAUGAUUACCCAAUUUAGCGACAAUAUGUUUGUGGUUUCAUUUUUUUUUACCUAUACUUAGCUGGAACGAUACCAUAUUAAGUAAGAGUGGAGAAUCCAUAAAUAAAGAAUGAUGAAAAAUCUUGAUCGAGUACGUAAAAAAAAAAAAAUUACCAAUAAUGGGUUGGAUAAAAUACCUCUCAUGAAACCUUAAACAACUUUCAUUAUGUAGAUAACUACUAUUGAUAAAAAAAAUUUCAAUAAAAAAUCACUGAUAAAAAACUAAAUAUGAUGUAAUUUUUUUUGUAAAUAUAACAACUUUCACUAUAUAGAUGGCUACUAAAAAUGUAAUUAAUUAAAUAAUAAACUUAAAAUAUUCUAACUAACAGGUGGGAUCAAAGCUAGUGUAAUUUUUAUUAUAUAAAUGGCUACUAAUAAUGUAAUUUAUUAAAUAAUAAACCAAAAAUAUUCUAACUAACCGGUCGGAUCAAAACCAUGGUCCAUGAAACCGUACCGUACCGGCGGUUCAAUCACGAAAUACCAGUAUUAGAGGCUAAACUAGUAGACGGUAUUUAACGGUCUAACGGUUGAACUGCGGUUAAACCACGGUUUUAUCAUAAAAUAUCAUAUCGCUGACUUUUCCGAUACAAUAUCCGGUAUGGUUUCAUGGACAAUGAUCAAAACUAGUGUAAUUAAUAGGAUUUUUGUAAUUUUCCAAAGAAGAAUAAUUUUCCAAAAAAAUAAUUAAUAAAUAUUUCUUUUGUCAUAAUUUGUAACCAUGUUGGUUUGCAGCGGUUUUCUUCUUUGAGUCAUCUCAACUCUCAAGGUCAAGGAGACUCAAAGGGCUCAUUAGUUGGAAGCAUUUGUUCUCUUCGAGAUAGAAAAUCGUCAUCGGCAUGGCACCCGGCGACCGGUUCUCUCCGAUCGAUGCUCAUUCUCUCUGGCUAGUCAGCGAAUCUGGCGAUUACUCACCACCGUUCAGUGAGUGCGCCUUUGCUGGUGUACAUCGCGGCAAAUAUACUCAAACUUGCUCAGCUCAGACAGAGGCGAAAUUCCCUACUCGCACUAGAGUUCUCCAAACUCCUCCCUCUCAAGGUGCAAUUUUUCCCUCGUUUUUCUUCAACCCACCUCGAACAAUGCUGCAUCUCACAAUGCCCAGGCGAUGAAAUGCUCAUUGUCUGGUUCAGCUGGAUGAUCAAUGUUGUCUGUUCCUUGUUAUUAAUGUUUCCCCUUUCCUUGCGAAUUAGAGCGCUAUAGAAUGAUCCUUCCAGUGAUAAAGACAGAAUUCAAAUGACAUUUAACAACAAAUGGACGUACGAUCACUGAUUAUAAUUCUUUCAAUGUCUUUUUCUUUCUGUUCCGUAGAUUGAGCUUAUGCGUUGUCAAGUGGACUCCUGGUUCCUUCUGUAAGAGUGAAAUUCCAUGUUUCUUUUGUUAGGUUUGCAUGAUCGAGACUGGGUUUUAAUAUGCUGACCCAACUGCUGCAACUUUGUGCAUUGAUAUUAAAGACAAGGAUUUUGGGUUGUUUCCUUCAAAGAUCAAGUUGUUCUGACCUUGAUCAUCCUUUAGGAUUCUAUGCUUUGAUUCUUUCUCUUUGUCUUUGAUACAAAAAAACCUGGAGUCAUGCUGUGAGUUCCUUAAUUCAGGAGUCAGGUGGUCUUCCUUCAAGCUUUUCCACUCAUGUCUGAGAAACAUAAGCUUCUUCUAUUCAUGAUUCCCUUCUACCUAAUCACACUCCCGUUGUUCCUUUUGAUAUUUUCUUCUCUACCUCUCCACCAGUUUAGUGAGCUCUCGGUGCUACCUCCUCUGCCCUCACAGACACAAUUCCCUAAUUUUGGCCCUAGCAGUGAAGGAACAAUCUGUCCGCCAUCUGGGGCCUUGACUUGUGACGAAAACCAAGCUGUUCUGAAGGUAUAUAUGUAUGAUCUGCCUCCUGAAUUUCACUUUGGAUUACUAAAAUGGAAGGGAAAUGGCAAUGAGACAUGGCCUACUGUGAAUGACCCCAGGCACAUCUCGCCUUAUCUUGGUGGCUUGUUCUUGCAGCAUGGUAUAGAGUAUUGGUUGACACUUGAUCUUCUAGCUUCUAAUGUGCCAAGUGUUGUCAGAUCUUGCAGUGCAGUUAGGGUGGGGAAUUCUAGUGAAGCAGACAUAAUAUUUGUGCCGUUUUUCUCAUCUCUCAGUUACAAUCUGUAUCCCAGGCCUUUGGGAAAAGCGAAACAUGCACUCGACCAAAUUCUGCAGGAGAAAUUGGUGCAGUAUUUGUUCGGUCAGGAUCUAUGGAAGCGGCAUGGGGGAAAGGAUCAUUUGAUUGUGGCGCACCAUCCAAAUAGCAUGGCUUACUCUAGGAAAAAGUUGGCCUCUGCCAUGUUUGUGCUUGCAGAUUUCGGGAGGUAUCGGGCUAAAGUUGCAAACAUUGAAAAGGAUAUAAUAGCUCCUUACAAACAUGUUGUUAGGAGCAUUCCAAAUGGUCAGUCAGCUCAGUUUGAUCAGCGUUCUAUACUAGCUUAUUUCAAAGGGACUAUUUACAGAAAGGAUGGAGGAGCUAUUCGCCAGGAACUGUAUAAUCUUCUAAAAUAUGAGGAAGAUGUGCACUUCACAUUUGGAUCCUACGGGAAGGUUGGCAUAAACAAGGCCAAUGCAGGGAUGGCCAUAUCAAAGUUCUGCCUACAUAUUGCUGGGGAUACACCUGCUUCCAAUCGCCUGUUUGAUGCGAUUGCCACUCGUUGUGUUCCUGUGAUAAUUAGUGACGAGAUAGAGCUGCCGUUUGAAGACGUGCUUGACUAUUCAGAGUUCUGUGUGUUUGUUCAUGCAUCUGAUGCUAUCAAACCGGGAUACUUACUUAAUCUUCUCCGUGGGAUUGAGGUAGAUGAUUGGACCAAGAUGUGGGUUAGGUUACAAGAAAUUGCCCCCCACUUUGAAUACCACUACCCUUCAUGGCCUGAUGAUGCUGUGGAUAUGGUCUGGAAGGCUGUAUCGAGAAAGGUGCCGUCUCUUCGGUUGCAACUUAACAGGAAGAAUCGAUACUCCAGGUCUCAACCAACAAGCUCACUGAGCACAACAGUCAGCAGGAUCAAACAUCACUGAAGGUCCAGGCGCCAAGCUCAACGAUGUGCCCUGCAACUCAUCUACAGCCACGCCCUUCAGGAAGCGUGAAUUUUGGUGCCCAGGAUGCCGCCAUCUCAGAGCAAGAUCAAUGCUUGUCAGGCCACACGCCGUCUCAGGCUGAAGAGCUAAAUUCCCAAUGCAGAAUAGAAGAAGAAUCACUCUGUGCCCCAAUAUACCCAUGAAGCAAUGAUUAUGAUGAUGAUGAUGAUGGUGGUGGUGAUGGUGAUGAUGAUGAUAAAACAACAGAAUGGUGGAGUAGUUUAGGCUGAGAACUGAGAAGUGGCUGCUGCUAUUCUAAUGCAACUCUGCUGCUGAUCUAUUUAUAUACAGUGCAGGAAUAAGCUUUGAGUUAUAGCUUUUCUCAAAGUGGAUCCAUAAAGCCACAAGGGUUGUGGCCCCAGGAAACAUGUGGGGAAGGCCAUUAGAUUCACUUGCAAUCAUGAGCAUGUCCCCAUUGGAAUAACUAACAAUAUGUUUUUGUUUAGGAAGGAAGACUCAUCCUGACAGGUUUGAACAAAAAAGGUAAGAGUUG